AUGCCAAAUCUAGUGAAAGAAUCUGGCGCAGAAUUACAAGCAUUACUGGAACAUUUUGAGCGUGCUAUUCAUACCUUAGAUCAACUUGUAGAACCAGCAGAGUAUAAAGAUUUGUUGCUGUUGGAUAUAUUAGGUUCCAGAUUGGACCCAGCUACAAGAAGAGGCUGGGAGGAAUAUUCUGCAUCCAAAGACCAAGAUACCAUCAAGGACAUGGUUGAUUUCUUGCAGCGACGGAUUCGGGUACUUGACUCAUUACCACCAAAGGGAACAGGAGCCCGGGUUGAGGUAGCACAACCGCCGAGAAGAAGACAACCACUUACGCUAACGAAUUAUAAUGCAGUGCAAACAGCUGGGCUUCGUUGUGUAGCUUGUUCAGAUACGCAUCUUCUGUAUCAGUGUCCGCAGUUUAGACGCAUGACGAUAUCGACUCGUGAUAGGCUUCUCCGCAGUCAUUCAUUGUGUCGUAACUGUUUCAAAAGAGGUCACCAGGCAGUCGAUUGUUUAUCCCGUUUCGUUUGUCGUGUUUGUAAGGGAAAGCACCACACGUUAGUUUGUUUUCGCGAAGAGAACUCUCAAGGCAAUAAAGCAGCUGAAGGUUCACCGGUAAAAUCAAGAGAAUCUUCGCGAUCCUUCAGUCCCAAGGAAGUGUCGGCUGUACUCGCUGCAUCGACAUCCAACACAGCAUCGUAUUGUGCGUCCUCGGUAUUAUUGGCUACCGCUAUCGUUUUGCUGGAAGAUGAUAAUGGUACCGUAGUUCCAGCCAGAGCUCUGCUAGAUUCAGGGUCAGAGUGCAAUUUUAUGACUGAAGGACUGAAUCAGCGUUUGAAAUGCAAGCGAAGACAGGCUGACGUGGCUGUCAGUGGCAUUGGUCAAGAAACCACUCGGGUAAAACACACAGUAUCUGCGGCAGUCCGUUCACGAUUUGGGAAUUACACAUGCAAAAUGGAUUUUCUUUUGCUCCCAAGAGUUACAGCAAAUCUUCCGACGAAAAAUGUGGUUUUGAUGACCUGGAAAAUUACGAAAGUCUUAGAUUUGGCCGAUCCAGCAUUUACGGAAUCUAAGUCAGUAGACAUCAUCUUGGGCAUUCAACACUUCUUCACAUUCUUCAAAAAUGAAAAUGAAAUCCACUUGGGUGCAGAAUUACCCUCGUUAACCCGAUCAGUUUUUGGCUGGGUGGUAACGGGGACCGUUGGGAAACAGAAUGCUAGUCCACGAAUUACCUGUAACUCGGCUACGUCCAUAGACUUAGAUGCAUUGAUAAAUCGGUUUUGGGCCUGUGAGGAAGUUGAAAAGUCUACUAAUUACUCCCCCGAGGAACAGCGUUGUGAGGAUCUGUAUAAAAAAUCGGUUAAAAGGGAGAGGAAUGGCAGGUAUACAUUCUCUUUACCUAAAAUUGAAGACGUGCUGGAAAGGAUGGGCGAGUCAAGGGACAUUGCAUUCCGUCGGCUCCAAGGCUUGGAGCGAAGGUUACAGAAUGAUCCUGCUAUGCGUCUACAAUACAACGAUUUUAUGGAGGAAUAUUUGCGAUUGGGACACAUGCGGAAAGUGGAUAUGGAUAACGUUGAUAAGGUUAAACGGUAUUUUCUGCCCCAUCAUCCAGUAAUCAAAGCAACUAGUACUACGACCAAGUUACGGGUAGUAUUCGAUGCGUCGUGUAAAACAGGAACAGGGAUAUCCUUGAACGAUUCGCUGAUGGUGGGCCCAGUUAUACAGGAGGAUUUGAGGAAUUUAAUUAUACGAUGCCGAACUCGUCAGAUUAUGCUGGUAGCAGAUGUAGAGAAAAUGUUCCGUCAAAUUAACAUGAAUACCACAGACGUGCCGCUCCAAAGUAUUUUAUGGCGAACGGAUCCAUCGCAAGAGGUUGACGUUUAUGAAUUAUCCACUGUAACUUAUGGUACUAAGCCAGCUCCUUUUCUGCCCACGAGAACCCUGAAACAAUUAGCUGAGGAUGAAAGAAGUGAAUUUUCCCUAGCAGCUGAUUCGUUGAUCCAAGACGUCUACAUGGAUGACAUAAUAGCAGGUGUUGACAACGUAAAUAUGGGAAGUGAAUUGCGAAACCAGCUCGAUUCCUUAUUGCAGAAAGGUGGAUUCAGGUUGAGGAAGUGGGCUUCCAAUUGCCCACAGGUUUUAGAAGGUGUGCCUCCGGAAAACCUAGCAUUCUCCACUACUGAGGUUCAACUUGACCCUGAUCCAGCUGUGAGAACACUGGGACUGAUUUGGAUACCUGGAACAGACAUCCUAAAAGUCCAAUUUAAAAUUCCUCCAGUUGAUAUCAGGGAAGAAGUGUCUAAACGGAAGAUAUUGUCCAUGAUCGCCAGGCUUUUCGAUCCUUUAGGGUUGAUUGGAGCUGUUAUUACAACGGCAAAAAUUUUCAUGCAGCGACUAUGA